AUAGCUUUAUCGUAACAGUAAAAACAGUAGUACAAUCCUUGUCAUUGUAAAUUUAUAGUACACUAGAUAGGGUGUAAAAGCCAUGCUUUCCCAGUCGGUGUAGUGCACUUCUGUAGGGAACGAGUGUUCAUUGAGGAUGAAGUCCACGCAGAAGUUGUUAGUAAAUAUUCGCUUUCACGCCUGAUGAGCCAGUUCCUGAACCGGAAGUGAUGAUGUUUGGGAAUGAAUCCGCCAUGCAGAGUGGUUGUUCAGCUUCAGCUGGCUGUAGCAGUCCCGCCGUGGGUCCCUCACUGACCCACGGCUCCGGGCUGCUGGACUCCGCCACUGAACUCUUCAUCAUCCGGAGUGAUUUCCGCUCGGCUCUGACCGCCUGUGAGAAAGGACUGGAGAGGUUAACCCGGGCUGAUGAGCAGGAACAGAGCAGUGCCAGGUACGGAGAAUUGAAAGCAGCGCUCUGCAUUGUUGGGAUUCAAGCUCUGGCCGAGUUAAACCAGUGGCAUGAUGUCCUGACCUGGGUUUUGCAGCAUUAUGGUGAAACGGAGCAAAUUCCAGCCAAGAUCAUGCAGAUGUGCAUUCUUCUCUACACCAAGGUGUCGGAGCAGGCAGAGGUGCAGGAGGCAGUGCAGACCUGGCUGCACUGCUCCUCUAACUCGAGCCUGCCGGGUUACAGCAGCGUGGCUGAGCUCUACACCCUGCACGUUCUCCUGCCACUAGGCCAAACCGCAGAGGCCAAGCAGCUGCUGAUGGGUGACGUGGGGCAGGUAGCCUUUACCGAGGAGCAGAGACAAACUGCACUUGCAAUACUAAAGGAUCAUGAUGCUAAAAAAACGAACCGUUCAGAUCCAAGCCCUGAACCUGUCCCUGUGGAAGCAGAAAAAAAGAUUACACUUCAAGGGUCAGUGGUCCGGAAGUUGAAUGCUGUAAUGAGGUUGUUGUACAGAGGACUCUCUUUGGCGGGUGUCACUGCCUGGUCACGCUUUAUUCACAGAACCGCUGUUCUGUUAUUCCUGCUCUAUCUUCUGCUCGUCCGUAUGGACCCGGCUUUGCCCUCAGCUUAUCCAUGGAUCCUCCAGCUGUACAGACUCUGGCAGCAGAUGUGGAAUGCCAUGUUUGGACCCUACUACAGAGCUUCUUCAUGAAAAAUUUGUUUGUGCACAAUAAGCUGUAGAAAAACAUGAUGAUGAUGCAAACACUGCAGUCAUGAUGAAUACAAUGUGAUGUAUGUGAUUUGAUAAGAUCCAUUAUCCGUAGCCGCUCAUCCUGUACAGGGUCGCGGGCAAGCUGGAGCCUAUCCUUGCUGACUAUGGGCGAGAGGCGUGGUACACCCUGGACAAGUCACCAGAUCAUCACAGGGCUGCCACAUAGUGUGUGAAUGGCUGGUUGUCUCUGUGUGUCAGCCCUACGAUUGAUAAGAUAAACUUUAUUCAUCCCUCGUUGGGAAAAUUGACGUGUUUCAGCAGCUCACAGAUAGAAAAGAGUCAGGAAUAAAGAGUGCAAUUAAAGUAUAUUAAAAAAAAACUACAGUGGAUAUAAAGUGUACACACCCUGUUAAAAUGAUGUAGGAGUCUAUCAGGCUGCCACAUCUUAACUUGACAAUAUUUGCCCACUCUUCCUUGCAAAAGUGCUCCAAAUCUGUCAGAUUGCGAGGGCAUCUCUUGUGCACGGCCCUCUUCAGGUCACCCCACAGAUUUUCAAUUGGAUUUAGGUCUGGGCUCUGGCUGGGCCGUUCCAAAACUUUUUUGGUGUCAUUGUCAUGCUUAAAGAUUAAAUUGCUCUUCAUCUUCAGCUUUCUAGCAGACACCUGAAGGUUUUGGGCCAAAAUUGACUGGUGUUUAGAACUGUUCAUAAUUCCCUCCACCUUGACUAAAGCUCCUGUUCCAACUGAAGAAAAACAACCCCAAAACAUGAUGCUGCCGCCAGCAUGCUUCACCGUGGGUAUGGGGUUCUUUUGGUGAUGCGCAGUGUUGUUUUUGUGCCAAACAUACCUUUUGGAAUUGCGGCCAAAAAGUUCAACCUUGGUUUCAUCAGACCAUAACACAUUUUCCCACAUGCUUUUGGGAGUUGAUGUAGUUGGGCCUGGAUGUUUUUCUUUGACCCUACCUCACAGUCCAGACAUGUGGAGAACAUGGGAGAUUGUCACAUAUAGUACACCACCAGUACUUGCCAGAAAUUCCUGUAGCUCCUUCAGUGUUGCUGUAGGCCUCUUGGCAGCCUCCCUGACCAGUUUUCAUUGUCUUUUCAUCAAUUUUGGAGGGACGUCCAGUUCUCGGUAAUGUCACUGUUGUCCCAUAUCUUCUCCACUUCUUGAUGACCGUCUUCACUGUGCUCCAUGGUAUAUCUAAUGCUGUGGAAAUUUUUUUGUACCCUUCUCCUGACUGAUACCUUUCAACAAUGGGAUCCCUUUGACGCUUUGUAAGCUCUCUGUGAACCCUGGCUUUUGCUGGAGGAUGCAACGGAGUAAAUGUCUGAACUUUUGUUUGGGGUUAAUCAGUGUCAUUUUAAUUGAUGGCAGGUGUGAACCCAAAAAGACCGAAUGCUGUAAUUAAAUGAAAAGGUGCUUCAACAAAGUAUUAGUUUAAGGGUGUUCACACUUGUGCAACCAGCUUAUUGUACAUUUUUUUUUAAUUUUUCCCCUUAACAGAUUUGUUUUUCAGUUGAAUUGUACAGGUUAUAGGUCACAUUAAAGGUGGGAAAUGUUUUGAAAUUAUUUAUCGUGAUCUGUUAGGUUUUUCUGAUGUAAAAAAAAAUCAUUUUAACGAGGUGUGCACACUUUUUUUUUUAUAUCCACUGUAUAUAAAAAAAAUUGUGUGUAAAAGUAAAAACAUGGGCCAUGUACGUAAUGUACACAACAAAAUAAGAAUGGAACUUAGUAUUACUUCACAUGCAGUAGAAAUAUUGCACUCAUAAAUACUGGUUACUGAAAUAGAAAUAUUACACCAGGUAGUGAAUGUUUUUGCACAGCAUAACAUAAUAAGGAUGGAAUGUGUGUGUGAAGUGACCAGAGAAACACAAGCGAUGAACAUAAUUGUACACGCCAGUUAUGAGCGUGAGACUUAAAUAAGAAAAUAUUUGCAAAUGAAAAGGUUAUACUAAAUAGUAACAUUAUUACACAGCGUAAGGAGGUGAUGGCAAUGAGAUGCGAAUAAAGUGACCAAAAGUAUUGGGACUGCACAGAAUGGCUCUUGAAACGUCACUCAUUUAAUGAUGGAUGUUCUUACAAGUGUUUGUCGCGCAUACACACUCGGGACAAAAAGCUAGCCUUUUCCUGUCACUGGUGUGCUACACUUAAGGUCAGGUUGUUUAAGUAGAUCUACCUGGAAAGCAUGUCAUCCAUCAUUCUACAGGCUAAUUUAAGGUGGUUCUUCAGGUGCAAAUUAAAACUAAAACAUUAUUAAAGAUAUGUGACAUUCCCGUUGCCAUGGAGAAACGAAACCGGAAAUUAACGGUACACAUGAUGUCCCCCAGUCACAAGGAAAGGCAUUCAGUACCCUUUUUCCUGAGAAUGGACACUAAGUGAAGUUUGUUGCUCGCUACUAUAUUGCUCUCGAGGUUUUACCUUAUUUAUGAUUUAGGAUGUUGAACAUCUAUUACUGAAUAAAAUGAUGUGAGCUGUGUGAGUUUACACAUCGUGUAUGUCAGCAUAAGUUCAACUGGGAUGUAUAAGACAGUACAAAUUCACACAACAUCUGGAUGACCUCUCAUUACUGUAUGUCAGGAAUAUGGUGUGGAUGUAAACAGUCUACACACCCCUCUUAAAAUUACAGGUUUUUGUAACAUUCAAAAAUAAAUCAUGGCAGAUAUUUUUUGUCAAUUCUAAUAUGAAAGAAAACCAAAUUCAAGUGAAAAACAAAUACAACCCCAAUUCCAAAAAAGUUGGGGCACUGUGUAAAACAUGAAUAAAAACUGAAUGUGAAGAUUUGCAAAUCAUGGAAACCCUAUACGUAUUUAAUUGAAAAUAGUACAAAGACAACAUAUCAAAUGUUGAAACUGAGGCACGUUAUUGUUUUUUGAAAAAUAUAUACUCAUUUUGAAUUUGAUAUCAGCAACACGUUUCAAAAAUGUUGGGACAGGGGCGUGUUUACCACUGUAUUGCAUCACCUCUACUUUUAUCAACACUGUAAAUGUUUGGGAACUGAGGAGACCUAUUGCUGUAGUCUUGAGAGAGAAAUGUCAUCCCAUUCUUGCCUGAUAUAAAAUUUCAGUUGCUCAA